AUGAAUUUCUCCUUUGUGUUUGGUGUGAUCUUCUUUCUCUUAACCCUAGUUUUAGCCUGUGAUCGCCUUCGAAGGUACUGGUCUUGUUCAAAUCCUCUGGCCGUCGGGGAGGAAAGCAACUCCGGUGGCGUUGUCGACGUCACUGAUCAUGAAAGGACUGUAUGUAGAAACUCAAAGCCGCUUUUUUACUCAGAGGCGAAAAAGAUCGGUUUCUUCAAACCUUUUUCUUCUGCUUCUUCUUCUUCAUGUUGUUCAAUCUGCUUCAUGGAUUAUAAAGAAACUGAUAAGUUGAGAUUGCUUCCUGAUUGUGGCCAUCUUUAUCACCUUCACUGCGUUGAUUCAUGGCUCAAGUUAAACCCUACUUGUCCCUUGUGUCGAACUUCUUCUUCUGUAGUUUCCACUUCUUCUGUAGUUUCCACAAGAGACACAGUGAUCGUCAGUGUUGCUUAG